AUGCCCCCGGCUGGCUGCAGAUGGUGCGCGAAUCCCUUCUGCCUGCUGCUUCUGGUGGUGAUUUUCUGGCUAACGCCCGAAGCCGCCUCCAACGACAAGCUGCUGGAACAGGUGGACGAAUCCAUCGCUUGGCUGGCGCGCUUGGCCGCUGCGUUGCUGCUGGCCAUCCCUGUUCUGCUGCGACUUGUGGUUGCCGGCCUGGUCUGGUUCGCCAUCAAAGAUGGCGUGUGGACCACAAGCAGGGCCAUCCGGGACUUUCAGCCGGAUGUUGUCCUUGGCUUCUCCUGGGGUGGCGGUGUAGCGCUGUGGCUCCUCUCCGAGGGCCGAUGGAAGGCGCCCAACCUCUUUUGGGUGUAUUCAGGGGCUUAG